AUGUUCCUCGGAGCCGCACACCGUUCCGUCCUGCUCUCGCUCUUCGUUCUCGCACUUACCGUAUCCCACUCCUCGUGUCGGCUAGUUAUGGACGAAUCCACCUCGAAAGCGGACGACGUCGAGUCUCCUUCGUGUGCAGUAUUGGCAGACGAACCAGUCGGAGAAGUGAUGGAGAGGAUAUGUGACAUGUGCCAUGAGCUGAGUUCCCACUCCCGUCCGAACAUGAGGCUCGAAUGCAGGUAAUCCUCAGACCCCCCCCCCCUGACGGUCCCUCACCUCUGUUCAUUUGCAGAGCCAAUUGCUUUUCGACGGACGCCUUCCGGGAAUGUCUGAAACUGUUCACUCCGCGUCGUCACACGCGGCACCUCCGCUCCAAGUACUGA